AUGUCUGUGGUGACCGGGGGCAGCGAGCCGGGUGCCGCUGGGGGAGGCGGCGGGAACCGGGUUUUCUUUCAGAGCCCCCGCGGCGGCGGGGGAGGCGGCGGCUCCUCCCGGGAGGACUCGGUCUCCGCCCCGGCGGCGGCGGCGGUGGUGCAGGUUCAGCAGCAGCGGCGCCACCAGCAAGGCAAAGUGACGGUGAAGUACGAUCGGAAGGAGCUGCGGAAAAGGCUGGUGCUGGAGGAGUGGAUCGUGGAGCAGCUGGGGCAGCUGUACGGCUGCGAGGAAGAAGAGAUGCCAGAUGUAGAAAUUGACAUUGAUGACCUUCUUGAUGCAACUAAUGAAGAGGAGAGAGCUAUCAAAUUACAGGAAGCUCUUGUAGAUUGCUACAAACCAACAGAGGAAUUUAUCAGAGAACUGCUAACUCGGAUAAGAGGGAUGAGAAAGCUCAGCCCCCCUCAAAAGAAGAGUAUAUAA